CUCCUCUACAGAAAAUAAAAAGGAAUCAAUAAUCACCAUGGAAGAUAAGAUGCAAACUCUUCUCUCCACGAUUCUAAUUAUAACUUUGUGUGCCACUCCUUUAGUAAAGCCGGGGCUGGCUCAACUCCCUACCAUUCCUGGCUUUUCUCCUCCUGGCUCCCCAAUAGAUCUAGCAAAAUGCUGGUCAUCGCUCCUUAACAUUCAAGGUUGCGAAAUCGAAAUUUUAAAAUCUGCUUUAACCGGUAAGUUUGAAAACGUUGGACCAACAUGCUGCAAGGCGUUUACCGAAAUCGAUGCAAAGUGUUGGCCCAAAAUGUUUCCAUUGAAUCCUUUCUUCCCUCCUCUUCUCAAGGAUGGUUGCUCUCGCAUCAACGCAGCUGCUCCCAGCUCUAUUGUUCCUGGAUUUUCUUUUCCUGGCUCUCCGGUUGAUAUCACAAAAUGCUGGUCAUCACUCUCUAGUGUUGAAGGUUGUGUAGCUGAGAUAUUCAAAUCAGUAUUCACAGGAAAGUUUGGUGACGUUGGACAUAUGUGUUGCAAAGCGUUUUCGGCCAAAAAAAAGAGGAACCUGUCAGACCGCCGUGCGACCACCCCGGCAAGGUAGAACCGAGCCGAGUAACGAUCCUCUGCAGCACCGGACAAGUCCGAAGACCGAUCGUGGCCGUUAAUCACGCUCUGAUCGCACGGCCAUGGUUCAUCAACCAGGGUUAAGGGCCUGUCUCCUUAGAAAUCAAGGAAACAGAGGUACGAGCCUAUAGAACAGAUCCUGUUCAAGUAAGGUCUCGACCAAGGUUGCUCCCUCAACGUUAUAUAUACAAUAAGUAUCUUUCCUAGAUGAGCGA